CAAACGCGCUCGUGAAAGGUUCAAUUCAUACAAGUGAUCGAUCGACCAAAUGUCCAAAUCACCUAGUCAGCCUGCAGAAGACGGUGUCAAAACGGAAUCGGACAUGUCCGGGCAGCAGCAAGUAUCCCAAUCACAGUCGGGUCAGAAUGCUACCACCAAUGGGCAACAGUCGGGCGGCACUCACUCAUCCCAAGAACUCGAUCAUAUUGUUGCACAAUAUUUGCAAAAGAAGGGUUAUCGACAGACAGAAGCCAUGCUUCGGCGAGAAGCUAGCUCCAAAACCAUUCCAUUGAGCGAAAUGUCCAGCCGAUUCCGACCACAGGACGAUCCCUCCAUGUCAGAUCAUGUCUUAUUCUAUUCCGAAGCAGAAGCCGGAAAUCCCGAUGCUUAUGACAUUAGUUACAAAAGUCUUCGAGGUUGGAUUGAAAACUCAUUAGAUUGGUACAAGCCCGAGCUACGAUCAGUCCUAUUUCCUGUCUUUGUACAUUCGUACCUCGACCUUAUUUCAAAGAAGUUGUAUGAGCAAGCAAAACACUUUAUGGAUACGUACAAGCACGACCAUCUUGAGCUCCAUACCCCCGACAUCAACCGACUAGCAACCAUCACCAACGAGAGUCAUGUACAGGAAAACGAGCUUGCUCAAAUAUAUCGUCAAAACAAAUACAUAAUGCGAAUGUCAUCCGUUCCUUUCGAACUCUUCCUCAAUUACCUUCAAGACAACAAGUUCAUGCUUCUACUUCGAAUAGUGAACCAAUACCUUAAUAUUCAAGUUGCACACGGUAAACUUCGAAAGAGCAAAGGCACAAUAGAAUCCGAUGAUGUUAUAGGAAUCGUUGGCCAUGCAGCGCAACAACUAGACGCAUUCAAUGAACAGGAAGUUCAGCUUGGAAAGCUACAAACUGACAAUAACUUUAAAGAGGAAGUCGAACAAGCUUUGAAGGAAGAAGAUGCCAAACGUGCUAGUGCCGACGUUGUCAUGAAUGGAGAGCCUUCUGUAUCCUUGCUAGAAACAUACAAAAAAGCUCAACAGGAAGUACCGAAUGGACCUGCAUUUGGUGACAUACCGAUGCCUCCGUACCGAGGUACUGAUGUACAGGCUGAAGUGCAAGCUAUCAAAGACAUUCAAAAACGUCUGGUUCUCAAUAGCACGUCACUACCUAGCGUAUGCUGUUAUACGUUCCAUAAUACACACGACAGUCUCAAUUGCAUAUCUAUGUCAGAGGAUAGCAGUCUUAUAGCAGGAGGAUUCUCAGAAUCGUAUGUGAAGAUCUGGAGUUUGAAAGGUGAAAAGUUGCGAUCUCUCAAGAACAAUAUUACUCCGGCCAAAGUUAAUGAUUACGCGGAUUUGAACGUCCAGAAGGAGAGACAUGGGUCAACGGUCAAGCGGCUUGUUGGUCAUUCAGGACCAGUUUAUGGCCUCAGCUUCAGCCAUGACAACAAGUACUUGUUGUCUUGCUCAGAAGACAAAACUGCUCGUCUUUGGAACACAGUAACAUUUAGCAAUGUUGUGGUUUACAAAGGUCACAAUUACCCGGUCUGGGAUGUAGAGUUUGGCCCAUACGGAUUCUAUUUCGCCACAGCAUCACACGAUCGAACGGCAAGACUAUGGAGCUGUGAUCACAUUCAUCCAUUGCGGAUAUUUGCUGGACAUUUAUCCGAUGUCGACACUGUCAAAUUCCAUCCCAACUCAAAAUAUUUGGUCACUGGCUCAAGUGACCGAACGGCCCGUCUUUGGGAUGUUCAAAAGGGUGCGUCAGUGCGUGUGUUUGCUGGCCACCAAGGUUCAGUUAAGACUGUGGCUGUUUCACCAGAUGGUAAAUUGAUGGCAUCAGCUGGCGAAGACAAAACCGUCAUGCUUUGGGAUCUUGGCUCCGGAAAGAGAAUGAAGACGAUGACUGGACAUACCGACUUUAUCUACUCCCUUGAUUUCAGCAGUGAUGGAAAUGUCUUGGUUUCGGGUAGUGCGGAUUGUACAGUACGAGUUUGGGAUGUCAAGAGAGAUACCCCAUACGCUCUUUCUGUCAAAGAUAUGGACGGCGUAGAUAGAAGCAAUGUCAGUUCGGAUUCGUUGGCCAAGCGCAUGAAAAUGGAUAAAGACGCCAAACUGAAUGGCAAAGAUAAGCCGGUCAAGAAGGAUGAUAAAGUGAAAGACGGUGAUGACAGCAAGAAGUCUGUGACUGAGAGCAAAGACCACCUUGCUUCAUUCCCUACUAAGCAGACUCCGAUUUACAAAGUUCAAUUCACAAAACGCAAUUUGUGUCUUGCUGCUGGAGCUUUCACGCCGGUAUCAGGCGCCGAUAUAUAGGUGCUGCUAUAGACUCAGGUUUUGGAAGGAGUUUUGCAAAUUGAAUUACAAUGUCUUUUUUUUAUAUAUUGACAAAAAAAAA